AUGCCUCAAAAGACGAAGGCGUCACGAAGCUGGAUGGCGGAUGAGACCGUGGUGAACCAGGAAUGCGACAAUACGACUGAUACCGGAGCGAACCCACUCGUCACUGAUAGGGAAUGCUUCACGGCACGAGACACGACUUCUGGAGACACCCUUGAGCCGGUGGAACCAGGAGAGCGCGAUGGAACUGCCUGUGCCCAGGUGAACAUACCUUCUAACCCUUCGAGACAGUCUCCGGCACGAGAUGCUCCCCCUUCGGUGAGAUCCUUAUUCAAUGCAGAUGCACUUCGUACAGCCAUCAGCAAGGGAAUUGAUGAGGCGUUUCGCGAUGGGAAACCACGAAGCCGCCCGCCCAUCAGCGAAAAUCAACAAAAGAAGAGAAAAGCCGCAUCAAAUCAAGACACUCAAGACAAGCAAGGCACAUCGAAGAAGAGUAAAUCUCUUGACGACCAGGGUAAGGGCGUGCCGAAGGGGAGAGCAAAGAAGAUCCAUGAUCAGUCCACCGCUUUGGAAAUCUCGAAGAUCACUGAGGGACUUCAGAAGAAGGGAAAGGAUGUGGCGCGAGAUCUCGGGAUAUUCUUAGAAGGCGAUCAGGUGGUUCUCAAGGUAGCAGGCCUUACUAUUCCCGCCUCCGAUGCUCCCCGAUCAGAGAAACUCCGCUUCGAUGCAGCCCUAUCGUCCGCAAUCAUGGUCACCGAGAACAGACACAUGACGGAAAGUUGGUGGCAGUGGACUUCUCAGCAAGUCGAGAAAUCCCUCGGAAUUCGACAGCUGGAUGAGGGAGAAACUGCAGUUAAUAUCCAACAACUCUUGGAUGGCACGAGACGCCGGGAUUCAAGUCAGUACUCAGCUGAAGAGAGUGAUUCGCAGGUGGAGGAUGGUCAAAAGAGCCGAGGGGGCGGCCAGGUUGCCAGGGAAUACCUAGAAUCCAUGAAUAUGUUGGGUAGUCAACGAAGGAACCCUGCUCCAAGGGGAUCGAAGGUUGCUAUGACGACGAAUUCGCUCAUUCGAGAAGGGUUGGCUUUGCAGGAUCAAAAGAAGGCUCGAAUACCGGAUUCUGUGCGUUACCCAACUCUACCUUCUAACCAUCCAAACUGGUCAAAAGUUGUCACCAAGGCCGAGCUUUAUGCUUUUAUCAAGGAGUAUCCUUUUCAGAAAACGACACGUCAUGAAUUACUUCCGAAGUAUUUCGGUAACCGCGGCAACAUAUACCUGAAAGGUCCGGGCCUCGACCUUGUCAAAGAAUGGGUUGCUCGGUUGGAGGAGAUCGGAAAGGGGGAAUUCCCGAAAGAUAUGAUCCCUAUUGAAGUGAUGGUCGGUCUCCUGGCGAGGUACAAUGAGACUGUAGCCAGACUAUCAACUCAUGGGAUGAUCAACAGCGAAGGAAGAAUCAGGAAGAAGGCUUUGCCAAAGCUUGAGGAAAAUCGCGACCCUACCACGGGAAAGUUCUUGAAAACCGGUCCAGGAGAUGGUGAUAUCCGUCCCCUUAAUGAACUGGGGGCCCGUGAGGGUGUUGUUCUAGUGCUGCAAAACAACUACACCACUCAGAAUCGGAAGACACAGGAACGGACGGAUGUGACGCGGUCGGCCCUUCAAUCCGGAACUUUGGAACUAGCUAAAAACAGACACAUUCAGGAUCAAAAGAUGGACGCGAUGUUGAAGGCCUUUAACGCCCAGCUGUCAACCAUAAAGGCUCAUCCGGACACAGACACCAGCGCUCUAGCACGUCAAAUCGAGGAAAUGCGAGCCAUAGUCAGAGACCAGACAUCCGAGCUUUAUUCGCUGAAGAAAGAAUACCUUGAAGAAAAGAAGAAGCGAGAGCAGAGAGACGAGAUGCUGCUUACGCUUCAUAAUAUGCUGAUCGGAGACACUCGUGACUUCUUGAUGGGCUCUGCGGGACGAGACGCGGAGGAAAUGGGUGGAGCAUAUGCGGAGAUCUCAAAAUUGUGGCUGGGCGUCUCGCAUCAUGGGAUGGGUGAGCAUAGUCAGCCUUCGCAGACGGCCUUGAAAGUCUCCAAAGCCAAAAGAUCUCCGCGGCGUAUCAAGGAGGAGAUAGUGGACAACAAUGAUACUGACAGCCUCUCUUCGGAGGGAGAAGAAGCUAACUCAAACGCUACCAUACUGCAACAGAUGAUCCUCGGCAGUAACCUCCUUGGACGGGCAGACGACGAAUCCAGCGAAGGAGAUGCGUCCUGA